AUGAGCAAGCUCCACUAUGUCCAAUACACCAACUCUCGCGAGAACGAGUACCUGCCCGCAAUGCGCCAGCUAAUCUCCAAGGACCUCUCCGAGCCCUACAGCAUCUACGUAUACCGCUAUUUCCUAUACCAAUGGGGCCACCUGUGUUUCAUGGCCAUGGACGAGCACGACACGCUCGUCGGCGUCGUGGUCUCGAAACUGGAAUCUCACAGGGGUGCGCAGAGGGGUUAUAUUGCCAUGUUGGCUGUGCGCGAAGAGUAUCGCGGGCAGGGGAUUGCGACCAAGCUUGUGCGCAUGGCGAUUGAUGCGAUGAUUGAGCUUAAUGCUGAUGAAGUCGCUCUGGAAACAGAAGUCACCAACACAGCUGCAAUGAAGCUGUACGAACGCCUCGGCUUUCUUCGAAGCAAACGCCUGCAUCGCUAUUAUCUGAAUGGGAACUCGGCAUAUCGUCUGGUGCUGUACUUGAAAGAAGGUGUUGGGUCAAUAGGCAUGUCCUACGGUAUUCCUCUGGGCAUGGACCCAAAUCAGCUCCCCAUGGGAUAUCAAGACGCCGCGUUGCCAGUCUCGAAGCAAGAGAAUGGCCAGUUUCUUUGA